AUGGCGAUUUCAGGACGUUAUAUCAACCUAGCUACACGAUGCACUGGCGUCAGACGUACAUUAUCGAAGAGUAGAACAAUAUCAACGGCCAACAAACAGCUUGAGGUCGACCCCGUCGAAGCUCAGCUGGACUUUCGAAAGUUCCUGGACAUACUACGCCAAGAUGGUGAUCUCGCUGAAAUCGACAAAGAGGUGGACCCUCAUCUUGAGAUCGGAGCUAUAUGCCGUCGAGUGAGUGAAAUUCGCGACAAAGCACCUUUAUUCAACAACGUCAAAGGGUCAACAGAUGGGCUGUGGCGUAUCUUUGGCAACGCUGCGAGCCUCCGAAAAGGCAACAAAGAGAAGUUUGGACGAGUAGCAAGAAACCUUGGUCUUCCAGCGACAGCUACUUGGAAAGAUAUCUCAGACCACUUCAUUUCCUGGAAAACAGCCAAGCCCAUCCCUCCCAAGAUCCUGCCAACGGGCCCAUGCAAGCAAAACAAGAUAUUUGGUUCUAAUGUUGAUCUCGAGUCAUUGCCAGUUCCGUAUCUCCAUGAAGGAGACGGUGGCAAAUAUCUGGCCACUUAUGGGAUCCAUGUUUUGCAGACCCCUGACAAGUCCUGGACAAACUGGUCAAUUUUCCGUGGCAUGGUUCACAACAAGAACCACCUUGCCUGUCUCGUUGGCACGGGGCAGCACAAUUCGAUUAUACGGGACAAGUGGCUGGCCGAGGGGAAGACAGAGAUGCCCUGGGCAUUGGCUCUCGGUGUCCCUCCCAUUGCUUCCAUCGUGGCAGCCAUGCCAGUCCCAGAAGGUGUCUCAGAAAGCGAAUACAUUGGUGCAGUGACAGGAAAGCCACUUGAUAUGGUAAAAUGUGAGAUGAAUGAUCUUCUCGUUCCUGCAUCAAGUGAGAUCGUACUUGAGGGUACCAUGUCACUAGUGGAGAAGGGUACCGAGGGUCCUUUUGGGGACUACCUGGCACUUGUCUUUGAUGGAGAAGGUGGUAAAGGACCUUUAUUUAGGGUUGACGCCAUCACGUACAGAGACAAUGCGAUACUGCCCAUAUCUUGUCCUGGAAAUAUUAUUGACGAAUCUCACACAACAGCUCAGCUUGCAGCUCCCGAAGUGCUUCUUCUGUGUAGGGAGCAUGGCCUUCCCAUUAAGGAGGCUUUCGCCCCAGUCGAAACACUAGCAACAUGGUGUGUCUUACAAGUAGAUACAGAGAAGCUCAGGACCCUAAAAACCACUUCUGAGGAGUUCUGUAGACGUCUUGGAGAUACUUUGUUCAAAAGCAAGAGUACAAUGCUCAUAAAUCGAGUCCUACUCAUAGGAGACGACGUGGAUAUCUACGACUGGGACAAGGUUAUGUGGGCGUUCACAACGCGGUGUCGACCAGGUCAUGAUACAUACCAUUUCGAAGACGUGCCUUCACAUCCUCUGACGCCUUACAUGACGCAGAUACCCGUGACGCCGAGGAGAGGUGGCAAAGUUAUUUCUGACUGUUUGCUUCGUUCUGAAUAUGACCGGCCGAGAGAUUUCAAGGCUGUCGAUUUUGAAACGUCGUACCCAUCUCACAUCAAGACUAAGGUUCUGAAUAAUUGGGCAGCGAUGGGGUUUUCCUAG